CAAGAGGCUGAGCUUCAGCACAUACCAUCCCCUCACCAGUCGUACUGCUGUGCCUCAGAAAUGCCAAACAGUAAAUUUCAUCGGUGGAGAACUUCUGAGAAGAACCAAAACCAAAAGGAGUGAAGACACGAAAUCUUUACAGACUCUGGAUUAUCUAUUCAACAGUGACAUGGCUGACCUUGUGCCAGGACUACUCAUUUGUUUGAUGGCAAUUCAGACCAGUCAACAAGACAGGAACAGGCCCAGGAACAAAACCAUUACUCAACAUGGACUAAUACCAAAAACCUUUCGAGGCUCAAUAUUUAAACCUAAUCACACAAACCAGCUGCAGCUAACCACUGAUCCGUAUCUGUUUGUGGACCUGGAGGACCCAGUAACAGCCUUUACGAGGGGGGUUCUCAGCACCUGGGUCAUACCUUCAGCAUACAUCGUUGCCAUGCUCGUGGGCAUCCCCUCCAACACCUACAUCCUGGCCUUCCUCAGAGUCAGACUCAGAGAAAAGUCAUGGUCCACAGUAGUUCUUUACUUGAACCUGGCUUUGUCUGACUUGCUACUCCUGCUUUCUCUUGCAAUGCGUGUUCAAUAUCACUUCAGUGGAAGCAACUGGAUAUUUGGAGAAACCUCCUGCCGGCUUAUUACGGCUUUAUUUUACGGCAACGUUUACAGUUCUGCUCAGACUAUAGCAUGCCUCAGUCUGAAUCGCUAUUUGGCAGUGGUCAAACCAUUUUUGUACAGACGGAUGGCUAGAACUACGACAGCAGUGUGGGCAUGUUUGGUUGUAUGGUUUCUGUUUGGAGCUGCAGUUGUCCCUGAGCUCCUAGUCAGACAGAGCUACCAUAUCCCACAGCUGGGGAUCACCAUCUGUCAUGAUGUACUUCCCUUAGAGGAAAGCUCUCAUUCUCCACUGGUGGUAUAUAGAUUGAUGUUGGUUUGUCUGGGCUUCCUACUACCUUUCAUACUUAGCAUCUAUGCCCAUUUGGCUGUGGUUUACCAUUUGGAACAAAGUGCUUGUGACUGGAGAGCAUUCAUUAAGGUCAGCACUCUGGUUUUCAUCAUAUUUGCAGUUUGCUUCUUGCCCAGUGGUAUCCUGCACAUAGCCCACUACAUCCGCCUGCUUGCAAGUGGGGACGACAGACUAUAUGGCUACUAUAGAUUAGCGGCUUGUCUCUGCUGUUUUCACAGUUGUUUGGAUCCCUUCCUGUGCAUGCUCAUAUCCAGGACAACAGGCUCUGAGCUACGAUUCAUCUCACUCCGUGGGAUACCUCAGAGACAAUAAAAGAUAAGGAGAAAAAAAAAAAAAAAACUUUCCUGAGCAUUGCUGGAGCGCAACAGGAAGGCAAACUUACUGACUUACAAUGAAACAGGGCAAUCUGUUUAAUACAACAAUGUUGGCAACAGUGAGGCAUUUGUAUAGAUUCUUAUACAUUGUAAAUAUUGUAAAGUUCAUUAUAAAUCCCAGAAAAAUGUAUCCUCAAAUUUAUAAAGGAAAACUGAAUAAAAAAAAGUCAAUGUUUAUGUAGAAAUCUACUCCAACACUUUCAAUGUUUUAUUUCUUUCAAAAAUGUGUUCUUCUAAAAUUGAAGAAAAACAUGUAACAACUGUUUAUGCACAUUUUGUACCCUUAAGAUGCAUCAUAAACAGUGGUGGGUCUGGAAUGAAAAGUUCAAUGGGCCACAAUAUUUUUUCUGUUAUGUAACUUACAAACCAAAUUUGCUCAGUAUUAUAUGCAGGAUUUCUACUAGAUGUAAAUGAUCGUGGUGCACUGCCACGCCAAAAUAAAAGCCUCAAGAAUUAUUUUCUUAUUAUUUUCAGAAGUUACAAAUGUACAUUAUAUUGUAUGAAUGGAUUUAUCGAUAAAGUUUGUAUUUGCACACAUUUACAGACCACAUAUGACCAUUUCUACCUAUUCUGGACUGACGCAAGUCAUCCCAAUAUUUUUAUUGGAUGGUCUCAGCAUGGGGCCUUCAUAACUGUGCCCCACAGCGAUCUACCAAGACCGUGUUGGACAUGUGCACUGUGAUUUCAAGAGGUUCAUUACUUAAAUAAGCACCAAAGGGCCGGCCCCAUUUUCAGGUGCUUUGAGAGGAAUAAGGCUUACUACAGCCUGUCAACACCCUGCCAAAUAUCGUUGGCAAUAUAUAAACACAAACAUAUAAGACAACGAUUGUCUUUGUAAGAGAAUUUGUCUUAAUAUAAUUAAUUAUCUGUGAUAAUGACAGAUUCUGUUACACUUAGUUCAAGGCAGCAUAUUGCUUCUUAGCGAUAUUUGGUGGGGCUUGGUCCCACUGGCGCCACAUGCAGAGGCUCAUGAUCACAAAUAAAAGAUAGAAAGCUCUGUGUCAUUUUACCUGGCAGAGAAGUUGCUUGGUGUGUUGUAGGACAUCAUGGUAGUGUUUGGCUGUGGCAGAGUUCACUCCCGUCAGUUUGGCGGUAGGGAGGAGCAGGGCUGCGAGCGUCUGCUGAUGAUCACCCGAGUUAAGUGCCUCAUUAAUCUCGGCUAUAGCUAUAAUGCCUAAAAGCAGAGGCAAAACAAAAUGAAAAAAUAAAAAUCUAAAUAUUUCACUUGUGAAGAUUCUUAUUGAAGUAACUUUCUAUGGUAUAAAAAAA